AUGACGCAACAGAAGGCCAGCGAUGGCGGCAAAGUUUCAAACCUCAUCGACGAUCUUAAGGAAAAGUUUAGCGACACUAAGCUGCACGAUGCAAAGAUUGCUUUAGUGCACAAAAAGCACCAGAUUGGAAAACUGGGAAACUUGUUCAACCCCAAUCAUCGCCAUGAUGAGGAGCAUGAGCAGCGCUGUGACGACAAGCGGACUAAGAUCUGCGAGUCUAAUCGCUUCAAGUCUUUCUUCCCUGAGCGAGAUGGAAAUCUCAUAAAAUGGUAUGUGGACGGCCGUGAUUAUUUCUGGGCUGUCUCUGUGGCUCUCGAGCAGGCCAAAGAGUCCAUCUACAUUGCAGACUGGUGGUUGUCUCCUGAACUCUUCUUGCGACGCCCCCCAUUCUAUAACCGGGACUACCGGUUGGAUCAACUCCUCAAGAGAAAAGCCGAGGAAGGGGUCAAGAUCUUUGUGAUCGUGUACAAGGAAGUCGAGGCUGCUCUGACUUGCAAUUCCGUGCAUACAAAGCAUGCCCUCCAAGCUCUGUGCCCUGAGGGCACACCAGGAUUUGGCAACAUCAAGAUUCUUCGCCACCCAGACCACAAUCCUUUUGAAAACGCAGCCGACAUUACCAUGUACUGGGCCCACCACGAGAAAUUCAUCGUCAUUGACUACGCCAUGGCUUUUAUUGGUGGCUUAGAUCUUUGCUUCGGGCGUUGGGACGCAAACCACCAUCCACUGUCUGACGUUCACCCCGAAGGAGUUUCUGAAGAGACCUUCCCGGGACAGGACUUCAACAACAACCGCGUGAUGGACUUCAAGCAAGUGGAUGACUGGAAACAGAACGAAGUGAGCAAAGCAGACUAUGGCCGCAUGCCCUGGCACGAUGUUGCCAUGGCAGUGAUCGGCCCAACAGUCUAUGAUAUUGCUGAGCACUUCGUUCUCAGAUGGAACUUUGUAAAACGUGACAAGUAUAAGCGACACGAUGCCUAUGACUGGAUUAUGCUAGAGAACCGCACUGGCGAAGAUGAGGACCUUGUCGGUGUCCAGCGUCCCAAACACCCCGUUGGAGACUACGUCCAGCAUCCCCUGACGCCGCUCGACACCAAAAACCUCUUUAACCGUGGCACCAUUCGUGCUCAAAUCGUUCGAUCCAGCUCAGACUGGUCCAGCGGAAUUUUGCUAGACCACUCGAUUCAAAACGCCUACAUUGAAAUUAUCCAAAACGCACAGCAUUACGUUUACAUUGAGAAUCAGUUUUUCAUUACAGCUACAGGAGACCAGCAAUAUCCCAUUCAUAACACUAUCGGCAGGGCCAUGGUGGACGCCGUUGUUCGAGCUGCAAAGGAGAACCGAAAGUUCAAAAUCAUCAUCGUGAUACCCGCCAUUCCCGGCUUCGCAGGUGACCUUCGAGACAAUGCCGCGGCUGGUACUCGAGCUAUUAUGGAUUACCAGUACAAGUCUAUUUGUCGAGGAGAGCACUCCAUCUUUGAGCAGAUCAAGGCACAGGAUGUCGACCCCAGAAAAUACAUCUUCUUCUUCAAUCUCCGGUCUUAUGAUCGCCUCAACAAAACACCGGCUCUCAAGGCAGCCGAGAAGAAAUCCGGCGUUAGCUAUCAACAGGUGCAGCGAGCGGAAGCUGAAGAGAUCAUGUCAGAAGGUAUCCACGGGACAUUUGGUGCUAGGAGCAAGACCCAGAAUCCCCAUCUUGGAAAACUGAACCAAAAUAAGGUGGAUUCAACUGAUGAAGAGGUGAAGAAACACAUGGAGGCAAAGAAGAAGUUUGAUGAGGCUCUUCCUCCAGGGGAGGUCUUGACUUCAGCGUCAGUAGCCCACCAUGCCAUGCACGGACAAGGAUCCAUUCUGGAUGAAGUUUGGGAUGAAGAUGAUCCCGAGAGUGAAGUGCAGAACUGGGUUCAGGAGGAGCUCUACGUCCAUUCCAAAAUUUUGAUAGCCGACGAUCGGAUCGUUAUCUGUGGCUCCAGUAAUCUGAAUGACCGCAGUCAGCGAGGGGACCACGACAGUGAAUUGAGCAUCGUCAUGGAGGAUACGAGGAUGGUCUCCAGCACUAUGAACGGAGAGGCGUUUGAGGCUGGAUAUCAUGCCACCACUCUACGGCGCUAUCUCUGGCGAGAGCAUCUGGGGCUGCUUCCGCCUCAGCCACUCAACGCAGAAGGUGAUAUCAAUGCACAGCCGCCAACUGUCAACCCAGAGAAUGAUAUCUACGACAAAGACGAGAGCUGGAAGUUUGUUGAGGAUCCGUUGAGCGAUGAGUUAUGGGAGAUGUGGACCACACAGGCGGACACAAACACCAAGCUCUUCCGCCAUAUAUUCCAUGCCGACCCCGAUGACCACAUCAAGGACUUUGAUGACUAUGAUCGGUAUCUCCCGCCCCGUGGUGUGAAGGCUGGUCACGUCUUUGAUCAGUUCCUCCCCCCUGAAGAUAUCCGCAACAAACUAGACCAGAUCAAGGGGCAUCUGGUGUGGUACCCCUUGGAGUUUUUGAGAGACGCGGAGAUGGCCGAGCGCGGGCUCCAGGUCAACUCAUUGACGGAGAGUGUCUUUACCUAA